UGGGAGACCGGCGCAACCUUUGGACUGUCAGGACAAUUGAGCCCAAGGCCGUGAAUCCCAUCCUUGUACGACUACAUCCAACCCUCAGCCCUUGCGUUUGGUGCUGUCGGAGCGUGACCACCAUUGAACUUGCAUAUACAAUCCAAGCAAUAUGGUCAACCUAGCGAAGCGCAUGCGGAAUUUCCAGCCUAAGCUACUAGCAAUUCAAUAUGGCAAGGGCGCAGCCACUCUCCCUCCGCCUCCAUCACCACAGCUGACCCGACUGGUCAUGCGGUAUCCACGAACGAAAUGGUCCCUCAGCAAUCAAGCCCCGAGAACCUUCGCUAAAGACGCUCUACCACGAUUAAAAUUCCAUAACCCCUCCCUACCGAUUCGGGUGGAAGAUGCAGAGCCAGCGCAGCUAGAGCUGACAUUUGAGGCCAAUGACAAAGGCUCACUACAAGCACUACAAAAGCCGCCACACGAGGGAGAAGACUUUGUCGAGCAAUGGACCGAGAUCGAGUCGAAACCACAACCUGCCGCUAGUGAAAGCGAUCCUUCAUCUACAUCACCUCCUUCACCCAUCUUCUCGAGAAAUGCAAAGCUCAGCCUGGACCGAACACACGCCAGAGAAAUUUGGAGAUGGUUCCAGAGGACGACGAAUGCCCAAAAUGUGCCCGUUGCACCGCAGGACGAGGAACUUCGCCAGAAACUCGCUACAUUCUUCCAACAAUCCGAGGAAGACCGGAAGCUGGUCAAGAUUGGUGUUGACGCUGUGAAGAAACAACAAGCAGACUUGAAGAGAGCGAGAGAGGCUGCGGAAAGAUUGACGGCCGAGUCAUAACGUCCUUCUUGACGUGUCUUUUCUGCCAAAAUACGGUCCGGCAUACGGUUGGACCUUGACUUUCGUGUACAAUAAUGCCACCCAAGCUUUUCGACACGCCAAACCUACAGCACGGUAUCGCGACUCAGGCAGAUGGGUGGAAGAUUGACGGAAACUACC